CAUGUUAACUGCCAUGUAGGGGGGCUGUUGUUGUUGAUGUGUGUAGAUGUAUCGGUGAUACACACACAGGGUGUAUUUCAUUAGACUCGUCCGUGGUAUUUGACGGUGUUGAAUACAGCUAGUCCGACAAAUAUCCACACGGGUUGUGUCAAAACAGUGCCGUGCUAAUCAGAGAGACGCUAGCCUGCUAGCUGCUAGCUAAAACGUAGACACUAUGAUUGCACUGCCAGUGCACUUGAGUCUCGAAAUCAGACUUUUUAAUGGUAAAAUGUCUUAGAGUGUAGAUGAUGGCGUAUCUAAGAAGCCAUACACGUGUGAUUAUCAUGUUUAAAUUAGUAGACAGUGGGAGGCGUAGCACACAUCGUAUUACAAGUCAAAAUGCACUUCUCUUCUUCAUGGUGUCAUUUCAACGACCCCCUCUUUAACGAGCAGAUAUUCAUUGUAGAUGCACGAGACGAUGCUAAUAUCCCCCGGUGUGAAUUCCACCGCAUCCCUUCAUGCGUGUAGGAUGUUUUGGGGGAUCUGAUUAGGCUCCAUGUGUGAAGAUCCAUUCUCUCCUCUCCAGGUGAAAGUGACAAUGAAUGAGCAGGAGAGUGGGGUGGUUUCCUUCGACGAGUAUGUGCGGCAGAAGGCCCGGAGUGUUCCACAGCACAGGAUGAAGGAGUUCCUGGAGUGUCUGUCCAAGGGCCCAGAGGUGCUGCAGGAGUUCAGCCAGCAGGACGGGGCAGCCACCACCACGGCCAUGGUGUACCAGCAGCAGGGCACCAACUGUGUGUACACAGACAGCACUGAGGUGGCAGGGUCGCUCUUGGAACUGGCUUGCCCGGUACAGGUGACUUCAGCAGAGAUUUCCCCUCAACUGUCUGUCCACCAAGGCUCUGAACAACAACUUCAAGUGCAGGUUCAGAUACAGGAACAGCAGGGCCAAACUGUUGGCCAGGUUCUUCAGCUGUCCUCCCCUUCUCAGCAGGACCUGCAAGGGAUCUCCACAGCCCAGCUCAUUCAGCAUGGAGAUCUCACAGAGGAGCAGCAACAGCAGAUUCAGGCACAGCUGAUUGCUGCUGUAGCUGGAGGACAACAAAUACAGUUCCAAGGAACGCAGCAUAUCCAGCUGCCAGGGGGCCAGCAAAUUCAACUUCAGGCUGGUCAACAGAUUCAGUUACAAGGGGGGCAACAGAUUCAACUACAGGGUGGACAACAUUUUCAGCUACAAGGGGGCCAGCAGAUCCAGAUCAUAGAACAACAGGACUCUCCCAGGGAGGCAGACAGGAGGUCUGGCACUGCCUCAACUGUUCUCCAACCUGCCAAGAAGCGGAAGGUGGAUGUCCCUCUUUCUGUCUCCUAUGCUGUUACACAGGGUCAGCAGGGUCAGCAGGUGGUUCUGGCCAUUCCUCAAGGGCAGCAGCAGAGCUACGUGUCCCUGCGACCAGAUUUGCUCACUGUUGACAGUGCUCAGCUUUACAGCACUACAGGGACAAUCACAGGUCCCACGGGCGAGACCUGGACCAUCCCUGUGUACUCCGCUCCACAGCAGCAGGGUGUAACUCACAUUGCCAUACCACAGGAGACUUACAGCACAGUGCAAGUUACCACCACCAAUGGUAAGGACAAAAUGUCCCCCAGCUCCUCAUCACGGUCUGCAGAUGUGCAGUUGACCUCUGCAGGGACACAGGAAGAAAUAGUACAGACCCUGUUCCCUGCGCAGUUCAUGAACGGGAACAUUCACAUCCCUGUGUCAGUGCAAACUGUUGGAGGAACUUACAACACGACACAGUCGGUGCACAUAUGGGACCCGAAUCAACAGCAGAGUCAAGGAGAAGAGGGACAAGAACAGCAGCUCCAUCUGCAGGGUCAAGAACAGACUGAGGCUCAAGAUGAACCGCCUACUGAGAUUCUGGUUCCUGUCUGUCUGAAGCCAGAGGAGGGCCUGGAGGUGUGGCGCCUUUGGGCGAUGCGAAAAAAUGCAGAGUUAUGCAGGCAGGAAAAGACCAAGCUUGCACCUAUAGGGCGUCGUCAGCCCCUGCGUUUUCAGGAAGACCUGGUGUCCAGUGCGGUAGCUGAGCUGAGCCUGGGUCUUUCCCUGAUGACUCAGGAGGCCCGCGGAAUAGAAGAAGAACAGUUUGCCCCUGAUGUUCUGUAUUAUGUCUUCUUGUGUAUACAAAAGUAUCUCUCUGAAAAUGGACGUGUGGAUGAUGUUUUCUCUGAUCCAUAUUACACACGUUUCUGUGGGUCUUUACACAACAUACUGGAUGGUUGGAAACCCAGUGUCCAUCCUCUAGGUUACAUCAUUCCAAGUCAUGUGACAGAGGAAAUGCUGUGGGAGUGUAAACAGCUUGGUGCACAUUCACCGGCCACACUGCUCACAACUCUCAUGUACUUUAAUACUAAGUAUUUCCACCUGAUGACACCUGAACAGCACCUGAAAGUAGCUUUCUCUAAGGUUUUAAGACACACAAGGAAGAACCCCACUAAUGCCAAGGACAAAGCAACCAGCAUCCGCCUUCUCAAAGGACAAGGUCCACACAGUGGCGGACAGAAAGGAACUGACGAUAUGUAUGAAGAACAGGUGGAAGAUCCAGAGAAUCCUCUUCGCUGUCCCAUCAAACUUUAUGACUUUUACCUCUUCAAAUGUCCUCAAAGCAUUAAAGGACGAAAUGAUGCGUACUACAUGACUCCAGAACCCGUCGUUGCACCAAACAGCCCAAUGUGGUACUCAUCGCAGCCCCUCACGAAUCAGCAAGUGGAACACAUCCUGGCUCGCAUCAUUGUGGUCCGAGAGAUCCAGGAUAUCAUUGGUGCCGGUCCAGAGAACAUGGGAUAAACUGAGAGGACUGAUGGGAAGAGUUCCAGUCAGCGGUUGUUGACUAUGCAGUACCUGUCCUGGCCUCUAUAAACAUCAGUGACCAUCUCAAAUAAAAUGGAUCAACUUCUAAAACAAUCUUUUUCCUGAGGAGUGUAUCACAAUUGCACUCGUAAAUUUCUCUCCUUGCAUUUUCCUGCUUUCAGCCGAUCAGGUGGACUGUUUUUUUCUCUUGAUGUUUCUCCAUGUAAACAAGGCUUUCGUUUCACCACUGCGGGAUCAUGAUCAGUCUCUUGAGCUGCUGCUCUCAGCUGAUCAUAUCUUAAUUUUUUCCUAUAAAAGUCUUUUCUCAAUA